UAGAAACCUAUACCGUUGAAUGUAAGAUAAAACAAUUUGGGGCGUAUGAAACAAAAAAGAAAGAGAAAAGAAAAGGCGAUUAGUCGUUGAGAUCGAAUUCGGUUAGUCGAGAGACGAAACGUUCAAGAUCAACGAAGAAACGUUGGCGUGUAAAAUAUGGAAUUAGAACGAUGAGGAAAGUGAAGGUCUGAUCGCCCGAAAGGAAAAUGGAAUUCCAUAACUACGCGUUGCUUUGAAUUGUCCGCGUGUUGCGCUCAUCGUGCACGGUACGCAACGCAAUUGGGGAAACUCUUUUAUUGGAAAUGAGGUCGUGCGAUCCUAUGGUAUAGAGCGUAGAAUAUCGUAGAAUACUUGUACAAUAGAACAGAGAGAGAGAGAGAGAGUAUCUAGUAGGAUAAGAGGGAAAGAAAAAAAGAAAAGAAAAAACGCAAAAAGCCACGUUGGAUAUAUCUGGGAUGCACGUGGGAUUGGCUGUUUUCACGCCACUGCUUGGGACAGUUGGGACGCCUAUGCGUCGGAAAAUUCCUCCGAGAAGACGCAUACCCCCGUCAUUUGUGUAGCUAACUAGAAACGCUAAUUAAUUUAUGACCAACUUUUUAAAAAUAAAGUUCAAAUCGAAUAGGAGGGGAAAAAUUAAGAGAUUUAAGGUCGAAGGAAAAUAGAUUUCUAUAGCGAAAGAAUCCAAAAAUAAGUUUUUAGGAAAAUUUAGUUGUUACGAAAUCCGUGGGAGGAAUUUUUCCAUAAGGCAAGUUUUACGAAGAAAGACGGAGAAAGAAAUAUACGCGAAGCAAUUGGAAAAGUUUAAUCGAAUCUUUAAGGAGAAAAUUUGCAAAAAAAAAAAAAGAAAAAAAGAAAGAAGAAGCUUCGUGAGAAUAUCGUGAAAGACAAUUUUCCAAAAUGAAUAUAUCGAUUUCCAUUGUUGCACCGAUAAGGGAAUUAAGUAAAAACGAUGAUAAAGAGUGUUGAAAUUGAGGCGAGUUUAGGCACGUAAACAUUUUUGAUCAAAGUUUUGUAGAACAAUGAUGCAGCUUUAGCUUAAAAGAAAGAGUAUAUGGAUAAAAAAGAAUGCACGUGUAGUCAAGAUGGUUGUUCAGAGGUGUUAAACGGAAAGACACCGAAUUUUCAAGACGAAAUUCCUCAGGGCACGAGAAUGGAUAGAAACGAUAGCAACGUGGGUGUCGGAAAUUCGGCUAAUCCCCAAAAUUCGUCUUCCACGACACACGGUAUUCUUCACAAUACUUCGGUUGGAACCGAUGCACAGAACGGCGACAGAGCAUGGGAGGUUCAUCAUGUUACUGUUACCAGAGUUCCGGGUUACGGAUUCGGUAUUGCUGUUUCUGGUGGUCGGGAUAAUCCUCAUUUCACUAACGGCGAUCCUGCUAUCGCGAUUUCUGAUGUCUUGAAAGCUGGACCAGCCGAAGGAAAAUUGCAAGUAAAUGAUCGCAUAAUAUCUGCCAAUGGAAUAUCGUUAGAGGGCGCCGAUUAUGGAGCAGCAAUUCGUGUUCUCAGGGAUUCCGGAUCGACGGUUCUUUUAGUUGUUAAGCGUAGAGCUUCGUCGAAUACUUCUGGAAGUAUAGGAAAUUCCACUCUUCAGAGUCAUCGGUUGACUUUAACGAGAAAUAAUAAAAAAGAUGAUUUCGGGAUUGUUCUUGGCUGUCGUCUUUACGUGAAAGAAGUAACUCGAGAUAACACAGGGGUGAAACCGGGAGACGUUUUAACGCGAAUCGGCAGCGUGGCUACGGAUAACAUGACCUUAAAGGAAGCCAAGAAAUUGAUGGAUCAGUGCAAAGAUAGAUUGUCGAUCGUGGUAACUCGAGACAAUUCCUGCUGUCACGUUCAACAACAGGCAAAGAGCGAAACUGGUGAAUAUGUUUCUGGUACGACGAGUUACAGUAGCCAGAACUUGUACGUUCCACCUCCAACGAGACAACCGAUAGAGGACAAGAGCAAUCUUGUUCCUAGAGGUCGUGCAAGAGGGCCAUUGAUGGAUGUAUCUCUCAGUCAAUUGGAUCUUCCUGCGACACCUACGGUAGACCCUCCCAGGCCACCGCCUCCUAGACCAGAAGAUUAUUACAGCACAAGGAGACAAUUGUACGAUGAAGAUCUAUCUAGGAACAAGCUUCCAAUGCCCGAUCCUCGAUUUAUUACUUUCCAAAAAGAGGGAUCAGUGGGCGUAAGAUUAAGUGGCGGAAACGAAACUGGCGUUUUCGUGACAGCCGUUCAAGCAGGAAGCCCGGCGUCUCUUCAGGGUUUACAACCUGGAGAUAAGAUUUUAAAAAUAAACGAUAUGGACAUGAAAGGAGUAACAAGAGAAGAGGCUGUCCUUUUCUUACUUAGCCUCCAAGAACAAAUUGAUUUGAUCGUUCAACACCGACGACAGGAAUACGAUCAAGUAGUAGCAUCUGGAAAGGGCGAUUCUUUUCACAUAAAAACUCAUUUCCAUUACGAACAACCGCAAAAAGGUGAAAUGAGUUUUCGUAGCGGAGAUGUGUUUCACGUUGUAGACACGCUGCACAACGGUGUUGUCGGCUCGUGGCAGGUGUUUCGUAUUGGUAGGAAUAAUCAGGAAGUACAAAAAGGAAUAAUUCCAAAUAAAGCACGAGCCGAAGAACUAGCAACGGCGCAAUUCAAUGCAACCAAGAAGGAAAUGAGUGCCAGUGAAAGCAGAGGUAGUUUCUUUAGGAGAAGACGAAGCAGUCAUAGACGUUCUAAAUCUCUUGGCAGAGAUCAUUGGGACGAUGUAGUAUUUUCAGACAGUGUUAGCAAAUUUCCAGCGUAUGAAAGAGUAAUCUUAAGGCACCCAGGAUUUGUCAGACCCGUAGUAUUAUUUGGUCCUGUCGCAGAUCUAGCUAGAGAAAAGUUGUUGAAAGACUUUCCUGAUAAAUUCACGUCUCCGCAAAUGGAAAAUCAGUUAGAUGAUAACAUUGGAAAGAAUACAAAGUCAUCGGGUAUCAUUCGACUUAGUGCUAUCAGAGAAGUGAUGGAUCGAGGAAAACAUGCUUUAUUGGACAUCACUCCAAACGCAGUGGAUCGAUUGAAUUACGCGCAAUUCUAUCCUAUAGUCAUUUUUCUGAAAGCUGAAACGAAACAAAUUAUCAAGGAGAUGCGUGCCGGAAUUCCUAAAUCGGCGCAUAAAAGUAGUAAAAAGCUUCUGGAGCAGUGUCAAAAAUUAGAUAAAAUUUGGGGCCAUAUAUUCAGCGCGGUCAUUACAUUAACCACACCGGAAGCUUGGUAUCGAAAAUUAAGAGAACUGAUCGACCGACAACAACAAGGACUACUUUGGAUGAGUCAAACUAAGCCGGAAGAAGCACUCUCGGAUGACUUCCUAUUCCCGAUGACUUCUCGCCUCUCCUAUGCUUCCUCUCCGGAGAGUGACUUGGAACUUAGUCCGGCACCAGCUUUGCCGGGUGCUUUGGGUGCACCGUCUAGAUUGAAAAGCAGCUCCGAUCCAAGCAUCGCUACGCAAGACGACAUUGCUGCACCUCCUCCAUAUUCGACCACUUACCAGCAAUCCUUCGAACAACCAAAAAGAAGAUCACAAGGGGGAAUGGGAGAUGGAAAAUACGGAUUUUCAUUAUCAGGACAAGUUAGCAAUCAAUCAGGAUCACCAGAAUAUUUAGGUGGUUCAUUCGAGCCACGAUCUUCUUCUCAUCAUAGUCCUCCUGAUUUACCUCCAAGAGUGGAUCGUAAUGCAAAGCCGAGUAGUCAACAGCAAAGAAACACUAUCGGGAGGUCUGCGCAAGAACGGUUGCUAAAUAAGACGGACUCGGUAUUGGACGUUGCAAAUUAUAUAAAUGCAACACCUCAUAAAGCUAAUGCCACAUCAUCUCUCGAAAGAGCCCAACCAAAAGCGGGAAGCUACGAUAGCAUGUCUUCUUAUGAUUCCUAUAAUAAUACAAAUGGAAAUACCAGUUAUGGAGUACCGGGUUUAAGUACGUCAACCGGUCGAUUGGGUCCCAAUGUCCCAGACGACUUAAAAAGCAGUGGUGGACCGGCAAGACCACACGAUCCUUACAGAUUCACUAGAUCAACUGCGCAACCAAUUCCAAAUCACGAUUCCCAACCACGAACUGAUUAUGCCAAAUACAGCCGCACAACUGAUUACAAGUCGAUAACGUUACCGCAAAAUAAACCUGGAGGAUCCUACAAGCCAAUACCCCCUCCGAAACCAAAAAACUAUAGGCCACCACAAACGAGUUUGACUCAAACAGAAAAUAACGGAAAUGAAGUAAAUAAUACUCAUCAACAUUCAAAGAGUUAUUCCAUUGCUACUUCUCAUGUAGAAGGCAUCAAUAAUGUCCAACGAAAUAGUGGACAGUAUUAUUACAACAUACCACCACCAAAUCGACAUGAUUCAAAUCUCGGAAAUUCACAUCACAAUUUAAGCCACCUAUCUACGCCUGCGCACAAUCACAGUUUGAGUCAUACGCAUGCGCAUUGUAGCCCGCCAAUGUCGACUCAUAGUCAUAGUAACAGUGCCAGUCAGUUAAGCCUCGGUCUUUCACAUAAUAGAAACAGUGUUAAUCACAACGGGUACGUCGUCAACAAUGGACACAAUGCACCUGGACAAAGUUUCCCAACCAGUCCAGGACAUAAUCGGGAACCGAGUGGACUAGAUCUCGCUGGAAGCAGGGAACAGAGAGGAAGCGCUUUUGAACUUUAUCGCAAACCUGUACACCAUUACAACGCGAGUUAACAAGUGCAAAGAUUUAUAAUUUUUUUAAUGAAAAAGAAAAGAUUACAAUUAGUAGUCUUGUUAACUUGACAUUAAUGAUAGAGAACAUGAAUAUUUGUACGUCGUGAUAAACCUAUAAAUGACAACGAAUAUACAUAAUGAGAAAGAAGAUCUCACAGGAAGGAUUAAUAAAUAACUAGGAAAUUGAAUCUAUCUCGUCCUUUUUUCACUUUCACUUUGUAUAUACGAUUUUAAUAAUAAAAAAAAAAAAGAAACAA